AUGGUGUCGAAUUCAUUCAUAGUUUUUGUUUCAUUGUUCAGUUUGUCUGGUGUAUUUUCAAAUAUAGUCGAUUUCGAUUGUUUCGAACGAGCUGAUACCGGUAUGGGUCGUGCUUAUUUUGAAGUUUACGCAUGGCAAGCAAGUAAUAGAACAUGCACCAAAUUUGUUUAUGGUGGUGCACUUGGCAAUCGCAACCGAUUCGAAGAUAUUGAAGAAUGCUAUCGAUCAUGUCACGAUGCCGUUUUAAAUCAUCAAUUAGAUUUUAAUCCAACUCGUCGUUAUACUGCAGUCAAUCGUUUGUAUGAAAAUAUCCAACUCCCAUUAAAUAUCGAACAUGUUGAUAACGGUUAUUUUAAAUUAAUCCUUUCACCUUUUGCUAAAGUACUUGGCAUCACUGAUAGAGAUGUUAGUUUACAAAUAUUCAAUAAUAAUCAAACACAACAUUGGGAUAUUAUUCCAACGGGCGAAACAAAUUAUUUUCGAAUUAAAACACGAACAAGACCACUCGGUCAUUUUGAAUACAUGUUCUUACAAGUAAUCAAGAACGAUACAGUUCAUCUUAGUAUAGAUAGACGUGCAAAUGAUUAUCUUGGUCAACAAUGGAGAUUUUUUUAA